AUGGCGGACGAAAAGACGCCUCGAGCCAGCAAUGACCGGACCAACGAGAAGAAGGGCGCCGAGGACGUAGAGGCUGGCCAAACUGGUCUGACCCGAUCUUUGCAGGGUCGUCACUUGCAAUUUAUUGCUAUUGGUGCUACUUUUGGUACUGGUUUGUUCCUUGGUACUGGCGGUGCGCUGGCCAAGGCUGGUCCUGCGUCUCUGCUCAUUGGUUUCGUCUUCAUCGGUCUCGUCGUCUACUCUGUCAUGGUUGCCCUCGGUGAGAUGGCUGCUUAUAUGCCCGUUGCUGGUGCCUUUACCGUCUAUGCUAGUCGGUUUGUCGACCCAACUCUCGGCUUUGCCAUGGGCUGGAUCUACUGGUUCAGUUGGUCCAUCACGUUUGGCCUUGAGCUUACGGCCGCUGGUCUCAUUAUCCAGUACUGGACAGAGGCUGUGAGCAUUGGCGUCUGGAUUGCCAUCUUCUGGGUCAUCUUCACCGGAGUCAAUUUCUUUCCCGUCCGAUACUUCGGCGAGAUGGAAAUGUGGUUCUCCAGCAUCAAGGUCGUCACGGUUAUCGGCUUCAUUAUUUUUGGCAUCUGCAUCAACGCUGGUGCCGGACAGCAGGGCUACAUUGGUUUCAGAUACUGGACCUAUCCCGGUGCCUUUGCCGAGUAUGUUGUGAGCGGCGCAGCUGGCAAGUUCGUUGGAUUCUGGUCCGUCUUGAUCACCGCCGGCUUCAGUUAUCAGGGCUCAGAGCUCGUUGGUAUCGGUGCCGGUGAGACCGAGAACCCUCGCAAGGCCAUUCCCCAAGCUAUCCGAUGGACCUUCUGGGGCAACUUCAUCCUCUUCGUCGGUACCGUCUUCUUCAUCGGAAUCAACAUCCCCUACGACAAUGCCGACCUGCAAAGCACUGCCCAAAACGCCUCGGCCUCGCCUCUCGUCAUUGUUGCCAAGCUCGCUGGAGUCCAGGUCCUCCCUGACAUCAUCAACGCCGUCUUAUUGACUGCCGUGCUCUCAGCAGCCAGCUCCGACGUCUAUUCCAGCACCCGAAUCCUGUACGCCCUUGCCGACGAAGGUCUCGCCCCGGCUGUCUUCAAGAAGACGAACCGAUUCGGCACCCCCUACUGGUCCGUUGCGUUCUGCUCGCUGCUCGGUCUCCUCGCCUUCCUAAACUUGUCGCAGAGCGGCGCAACCGUCUUCAACUGGCUGUUGAACAUCACCGCCGUCGCUGGCUUCAUCGUCUGGGCUCUCAUCAACGUCUGCCACCUGCGUUUCAUGAAGGUUCUCAGUCUGCGCGGCCAGCCUCGCUCGUCGCUGCCCUACGUCGCGCCAUUCCAGCCCUACCUGUCCUGGUUUGGGCUCUUCUUCAACAUUUUGAUCCUGCUCACCAGUGGAUUCACCGUGUUCAUCGAGUGGAACACGAGCGACUUCUUCGUCAGCUAUGUCAGCAUUUUGCUCUUCAUCGUCCUGUAUAUUGGCCACAAGGUCGUGUUCCGCACCAAGAUGGUCAAGAUGGAGAACAUUGAUCUCACUAUGGGGAGGACUGAGAUUUAG